AUGGCACCUAAGAAAGUCCUCUGUGCGUUUGGUGUGCAUAUCGACGCCGUUGCUGGCUGGCUAGGCACCUACGGUGGUGAAGAUUCCAUAUCAGACAUUUCCUGCGGUCUCUUCGCGGGCGAGGUCGGCGUGCAACGCAUUCUUGACCUGUUCAAGAAACAUAGCGUCAAAUCAACGUGGUUCAUCCCCGGGCACUCGAUCGAGACGUUUCCGGAACAAUGCAAAAAGGUCGUCGAGGCUGGGCAUGAAAUUGGAUUGCAUGGAUAUUCACAUGAGGACCCCCGAAAAUGCACGGUCGAACAGCAGCGCGCGAUCAUGCUCAAAUGCUAUAAUUUAAUCAAGGAACUCACUGGAAAGUCACCUAGAGGUACCUGUGCGCCAUUUAAUCAACUGUCAGAAACACAGGCCGACAUGCUUGAGGAGCUCGGGGUCGAAUAUGACAAUUCAUUGUCGGCACACGAUUGCCUGCCUUACUGGUUUGUCGAUGGACACCAGUGGACGAAAGUACAAUACGAAAAGCCUGCCGAGGAAUGGAUGAAGCCAUUUACGUACGGCCAAAACAAACGCAACAUUGUUGAGAUUCCGUGCAGCUGGUACAUGGAAGACAUGAUGCCGAUGCAGUAUUUGCAAAAUGUCGACAACGCGAACGGCUGGAUCGAUCCACGCACCGUCGAAUACAUGUGGAAAGAACGUUUCGAGUAUUUCUACGAGAACUACGACGAAUUCGUCUUCCCUAUGACACUGCAUCCGGACACCACGGGCCUACCGCAUGUGAUUCGUAUGGUGGAGAGGUUUCUGCUCUGGACCAAGUCAAAGCCGGGAGUGGAAUGGGUGGAGUACCAGGACAUCAAUGAUUGGUAUCGGCAGAAGAAUCCAAGGAAGUAG